AUGGUGACUCGGGUAACUCUGAGGAACCCUCCAGAUGCAGUGUUAGCCGGUGACCCAAUCACCUUUACCUGUAUUACCCCGGCCAGUAAACCUCAGGCCUGUAUAAGAGGGUAUAUACGGAAUCCCGGUAAUGUACGGGAGCUAGACCCGGGUGACUGUAACCAGGACAGCCCUGUACAGACAACAGCUCGGAGAUUCACGUUUACAGCUAGUGCCGAGGAGAACGGAGCUGAGCUGUACUGUAACGCCUCCAAUAGUGUGACGGAUCCUCCCGUACGCUCACAAGUCUACACACUCAGUGUACUCUAUCCUCCACAAAAUGGCGUCCGCUUAACAGGUUAUGUUAAUAACACAGCCGUGGUGUCUGGAGAAACACUGACCUUGACCUGUCAGGUGGGUCAGGGCAAUCCCCAACCAGCACUCUCCUGGUCAUCGGAGUGUGGACAGACAAAGACAGUCCCUGGUAACGAUGGAAGUCAACAGAUCAGUAUCAGUAUAUCUGUCAGUCCGUCCCUGAACCAGAAGACGUGUGUGUGUGAGGGAAGUCAGGACGGGGCGUUGACAGGAUGGACGGAACGGAAAAACAGAACGUUCACUGUUUUGUUCGGACCUGACAGUGUACAGCUCCGGGCAGAUUCCGGACAAUCGGGAACCACAGUCACAGUCACAGAAAACAGCACAGUGACAUUUACAUGUAACACGAAUGAGUCCAAUCCUGCUGCAGUCCAUUCCUGGUUCAACAGCGGCAGUCCUGUAGCAGCAGCAGAGAUAUCAAAAGUGAGCUCGCAGCGAGGGCCCAAUCACGGAUACCUGACCACACAACAGUAUACAGUGAGGGUUGAUCGAUAUCAGGAUGGUGACGUCAUCAGAUGUGAGGCUCAGAGGCCGGGACACAUUAAACGGGUAUCACAGAGCCUAACUUUGGAUGUCAAUUAUGCACCACAAGUAUUGUGUAACACUAGUCACGUGACAGUGUUCGAGGGUCAGCGGGUGAAGAUCUCCUGUGAUGUCAUCUCAAAACUUGAGGUGUCUGUCUUGUGGGUUAAAGAUGGCAGACAAAUUGACGACGCUUCCAUUACCAACUACCGGGGUCCAAACCAGCGUGACGUCACGGUAGCCACCAUUGAGUUUGGACAGGCGGAUAAGUCACUGUCCGGGAUAUAUCAGAUCGAGGCUAGGAAUAGUUUGGGCUCAUUUCGAAUGGAAGUGUCUGUCACAGUGAUAGAUGGCCAAUAUAUUCCUAGUGAAAUGGAGACAAAAUCUUGCUCAAACAACCAGGCUACCUUGGUCUGGGCGUCUGGGAUUGACGACUCUCUUGUGGAAUACUACAAGCUGGAGUACAGAGCAACAGAGGGUCAUUGGAAGGAAGAACUCGUCAGAAACCCGGGCAGGAUAAAACUUGUGCGGAAAACAUUGAGGGAUCUUGAGCCUGGAGUGUUCUACCAGUUCCGACUUCAGCCUGUCUCCUACAUUGUCUUGAUGGAGUACGCUACAGCCAACUGCACGAUCUAUAUUUCAGGUUCACAAACACCUGGAGGAUUAAGCAACACGCCUGAGACAGGCAUCAGUAAAGCUGCGAUGUUCGGUGUGGGGAUUGUGGUUGGUAUCGCGCUCAUCACUCUCGCGGUUGUCAUGGUGACGUGCUGGCUUCUCCGCAGAGGACGAUUAACAUGGCACAAAGAACUGCAACCAUCAGAUAAGGAGAAUACAGACCACGACCUGAGUCUUCAAAGUGUUGAUGACAGAGAACAACCUGAACCUCCCCCACUGGGUAAAGUUGUUAUUGUGUGGCAGAUGGUGUUGCAGAUUAUGUACCAGGUUGCGCUACAGAUUGUGUACCAGAUUGUGUGA